AUGUCGUCCAGAGUCACUCGCUCGCAAAGGCGCCAAUCCGCCAACACCAACGACCACUCGCCCCUCGCACCUCCCCCACCCACAGCCCUACCGCCGCCCGCACCAGCCUCUCGCAAGAGGAAGUCCUCAGCGCGAGAACCUAGCCCAGAGCAACCGGACAACGCAGAGCCAGCACCCAAACGUGGUGCUCGUAACAAGCGAACCAAAGUCGACUCUCAGGACCCGCGCGCUCCACCUGCAACCAAGGCCAAGAAAGCCAAAGGCAAAGCAGCCAUGUCUUCAUCUGGGUCUGUGCCAAUGGCUCCAACACAGGAGCUCGCGCUGACUGAAAACAGCCCACCAUCAGAUCCUAUUGACGAAAAGUCGACGCCGCAACUCUCAAAACGCACCAAGGGCGGCCGCAAGAGCAAACCUUUAAACGCCGCGCCCGACGCCGAUACUCCUUCCACAUCCCGCCGAAGCUCCCGAAAGUCGAACAAGACUGGAGACGACACAAGCAUGGACGAUGCACUCACGAACAACGCCGAAGAGGAGACGCGCCAGCCUGACGAUCAUCACACCAGCGACGACGAGAAUGGCGACGAACAUGGAGAGCGAUACGAUGAGGACGACGACGACGACGAUGAUGAUGAUGACGAUGACGAUCCCUUCACCAGCGGCUUCCUUGGACGCAACUCGCACAGUCUCUCUGCGUUGAGGCAGCUCACCGGUAUGAUGGCGGGUACCACACAGCGCCUUCGGGGCAUCCUAGACCAACUACGGUCGCCAGACAUGUCCAUGCAGCUGAUUGCGCUGCAAGAGCUGUCCGAGGUCCUCCUCAUCUCCACAGAGGACAACCUGGCAGGCCACUUCUCUCCCGAUGCCUACGUCAAGGAACUGGUCAAGCUCAUGCAGCCGAACGAGUUCACAAUGGAGGAGAACCCGGAGCUUAUGUUGCUCGCCUGCCGAUGCUUGGCCAACUUGAUGGAGGCCUUGCCCCAAGCGACCGCCAAUGUCGUUUACGGUGGCGCCGUGCCUGUACUCUGCUCAAAGCUGCUCGAAAUCAACUUUAUCGAUCUAGCUGAGCAAUGUCUGAGCACCUUGGAGAAAAUCUCCGUGGAAUUUCCUGGAGUCAUUGUACGGGAAGGCGGUCUCACAGCGUGCCUGACGUUCCUCGAUUUCUUCGCCACAAGCACACAGCGGGUAGCCGUCACAACUGCCGCCAACUGCUGUCGGAACAUCCCAGAGGAUUCCUUUCCGGUCGUUCGCGAUGUCAUGCCUAUACUCGAAAACAUCCUCAACAACAAUGACCAAAAGGUCGUGGAACAAGGCUGCAUCUGUGUAUCAAGGAUCGUCCAGAGCUUUAGACAGCAGGAGAGCAAGCUGGAGGAGCUGGUCAGCCCAGGUCUUCUCAAGGCCAUCCUGCGACUUCUCCUACCAGGCAGCACGAACCUCAUUGGACCCAGUAUUCACACCAUGUUUCUCCAGGUUCUCGCCUACACGGCCAAGGCCAGCCCACGUCUAUCAGCUGAGCUCCUGAAGAUGAACGUAGUCGAUACUCUGUACCAAAUUCUCACCGGUGUCUCGCCUCCCAGUGGCACCGAGGGCGUCGCAGCUAAGAUCGAUUCUGUAGUUAUCAUGCAAGCUCUGAUUCAUCGGCCCAAGGACCAGGUGUUCGAGACAUUGAAUGUCAUUUGCGAGCUAUUGCCUGACGUCUCAACCGAUGGCCUAACGUACCUUGACGAUCUCUUCGAUGCGGGCUACCCAGGCGACGAUCUCCUUCCGUUAUCCUCCACGAACAAGAAGACUGCAAAUGAGAAGCGUGUCGAGUUACUGGAAGAUUGUAAGGCAGAGGUUAAGCGCUUCGCUGUAAUUCUUCUACCAACUCUGACGGACGCCUACUCGAGUACUGUUAACCUCAGUGUUCGGCAAAAGGUGCUUACCGCUCAUCUCAAAAUGCUGUCAAAUUUGGACACCGACAUUCUAGAGGAGGCCCUACGGCCUGUGCCAUAUGCCUCGCAUCUGGCGUCAAUCUUUACGCAGCAAGAUCAUCCAUCCUUAGUCACGUACGCGUUGCAGGCUGCUGAACUACUACUCAAACGACUGGAGUCCAUUUAUCGAUAUCAGUUCUAUCGCGAAGGUGUCGUUUCCGAGAUCUUACAAUUGGCAAAUCGACCUUGCAAGGCUCUGGAUACUAAGCCUAAGGACUCAAAGUCAACAGUUGAGGUUGAGGUGGCAGCCGACUCAGGCGCCAGCACGGUUUCCUCUGCAGAACAGGACGCUGAGCGAGAAGCCGCUCAUUCGAGCGAAGGCGUGGAUGUUGAAAUGCAGUCCGAUGAUGGAGAAGACGUAGAUCCGGACGAUGAUCUAAACGAAAGCAGCCAGAACCGGGACGAGGAUGACGAGUCAGACUCUUCAUCAUCUUCCGACCAGCGAGAACCACUACCAAUGCCUGACAUCGAAGACAUCAUUACACUACGUGCUAAGAAGUUUAUUGAAGCUCACGAGAAGGACUCCGACAAGCCUAUACGCGACAAGGCUUCUGCGGUCUUGGAGGAUCUAAAGUCGCUUGCUGAUGAGAUCAAGAUGUGCGUUGCUGAUGGCAAUACAAACGACUGCAUGAACCUGUUCACUCGACUGGCAUCUUAUUUCGAAGGCGAUGCGUUGGAAAGCAUUACAAGCUACGAGCUUAAGACUUCAAAGAUUGUGGAAGUGUUGUUGGAGCUGUUUUCGACCUCUACAUCCGACAACAAUGUCGACCCUAGGCCCAUCUUCCUCGAAGCCUUCAUGGGAGGUAGUAGCCAGAGCAAGAUCAAAACCGCGAGCACUGCAUCUCCAGCUACGCCCUUUAGCGUGCUGGUCCAUAAGCUUCAAGAUUUGCUGAGCCGGUCUGAACAUCUCGACGUGAUCACUGUUCACCAAAACAUGUAUGACAGCCGAGGAAGCGCGACUUCCAUGCUUGCCAAACAGCUUCGCCUAAAGCUUGUCGCCGAUGACGAUUCAGGCAUUCCAAAGACUUAUCGCAACAUCAUGGUUUCCAUUCAUGCCAUUGCGACAUUCAAAGCCUUGGAUGACUAUCUCCGACCACGUAUUAGCCUGGCAGAUCGGCCACGCCCCUCCAAGUCUCGGGAUCAAUUUCCCUCUAGGGAUCAGUUCGAGGCCAUGUAUGCUCAAGCUCUCUCUGAAGGACGUGCACCCCCGCCGCCUCAUACCCCCUCAGAUACGACGAACAGUCCUUCAAAGAAGUCUUCACGAUCCAAGGGAGCUCCGACCGAUUCACCGCAACCUGGACCGAGCUCGACUCCGCGAGAGAAGUCUCGGCGAUCGAGUAGGCGUCAACAGGCGCAGCUCCCUCCACCGCCGCCACCACCUCCCGCGAAGCCUCACUCGAACAGCAGUCAAGACCCAGUCGAAUGCGCUGAUGAAGCGCAGCUCUCUGACGGAGAUUCUAUGGAUGAGGACAGCGCCUUGAAUGCUAUCGUCGACGAGCUUGACGACGAGUUGGAUGAGGAAAUGCCUGAUCCAUCGGCUGUUAGUGUUGAAGUUGCAUCAACCGGGCAGGCCACUGCUCGCGAUGAAGAUGGAACGAGGAUUGCUACACCUGUGCAAAGCACACCUUUGGCAAAACCACCUCCCGAGAACCGAACACCAGCAUCUCGUUUGUCUGCAUUACUACAGAGCUCAGCUGCUAUGCGUCAAAACUUGGGUGGUGCGGCGAGCGCUCUUUCAUAUGCUGCCGCUGUACAAUCGACCCCUCAAGACUGGCAUAUCGAAUUCAGCGUGAACGACCAACCACUCUCAAAUGAGACGACAAUCUACCGAGCUGUACACUUUAGCCAGUCUCAACCAUCAGACGGGUCACAUCGCUCGGUUUGGAAUGGCAUUCAUACUAUCAAGUUCAAGCGGGUCCAAGGCCCUCCACCAAGCGAGCCUAGCUCCUUGACACCACCCCCAGAGUCGAGGUCGGACGUUUCGGGUAUGCCAGCCUCGCUUGAUCAGCAUCCUGUGACGUCCGGUAUCCUGCGACUGCUAAGCAUACUUCACGGGCUGAACUCGCACCUUGAUGACAUCCUCCUGGCGAACGAGCGGGUCAAAUUGAACGCUGAGCCGCUCUCACAGUUCGUCAACACGAAGCUUACAGCAAAACUGAACCGUCAGCUGGAAGAGCCUCUUGUGGUAGCCAGCAACUGUCUUCCCAGCUGGAGCGAGGACCUGGCUCGUUUCUACCCAUUCCUUUUCCCAUUCGAGACACGCCACCUCUUCCUGCAGUCCACCUCGUUCGGCUACUCAAGGUCGAUGACGCGAUGGCAGAACUCGCAACCCACGAGUGACUCACGCGACAGCCGACAUCGCGAUGAGCGGCCUUUCUUAGGUAGACUUCAGCGCCAAAAGGUUCGCAUCUCCAGGUCUCGAAUCUUGGAGUCCGCAAUGAAGGUCAUGCAGCUUUAUGGGCAUUCAGCUAGUGUUCUGGAAGUGGAGUACUUUGAGGAAGUGGGAACUGGCCUGGGACCAACGCUAGAAUUCUACUCUACCGUGUCCCGCGAGUUUUCAAAGAAGAAGCUGAAGCUCUGGCGGGAGAACGAGUCUAACGAUAGCGACGAAUACGCCUUUGGUAAGCGAGGCCUCUACCCCGCUCCUAUGAGCGCUGAAGAAGCAAACACCGAGAACGGAGAGAAGCGUCUUGAGCUGUUCAAGAUUCUGGGCAAAUUCGUUGCUCGAUCUAUGCUGGACUCUCGCAUCAUCGACGUAUCCUUCAACCCAACGUUCUUCCGCAUCAGCGAUGGUACUAGUGCAGCAGUCGCACCAUCUCUUGGAGCCAUCAAGGCCGUCGAUGAAGAUCUAGCCAAGUCCUUGCUGCUGCUCAAGCAAUUUGCUGAUGCAAAGAAGAAGGUCGACAACGACAGCAUGAGCGCAACAGCAAAGGCCGCAGCUCUGCAAGACAUUGUCAUCCAAGAUUGUCGGGUAGAAGACCUAGCUUUGGACUUUACACUUCCGGGCUACGGUUCGAUCGAGCUUAUUGCAAACGGUGCGGAUACACCAGUCACGAUCGAGAAUGUCGACACGUAUGUAGAAAAGGUCAUCGACUUCACGCUUGGCUCGGGUGUACAGCGGCAAGCGGAUGCUUUCCGCGCAGGUUUCACAGAGGUGUUCCCAUACUCUGCGCUCAAGGCGUUUACUCCAGAUGAGUUGGUGAUGCUGUUCGGCCGGACGGAUGAGGAUUGGUCGCUAGAAACUCUGAUGGAUUCCAUUAAGGCAGACCACGGCUACAAUCUCGAUAGCAAAAGCGUGCGUAACCUGCUUGCUACCAUGAGCGAAUUCGAUGCACAGGAGCGUAGGGACUUCCUGCAGUUCAUCACCGGCAGCCCCAAGCUCCCGAUUGGAGGCUUCAAAGCUCUCACGCCGAUGUUCACGGUUGUCUGCAAACCCAGCGAACCACCCUUUACGUCCGACGACUACCUUCCUUCCGUCAUGACUUGCGUCAACUACCUGAAGAUGCCCGACUAUAGCACCGUCGAGAUCCUCCGCGAGAAGCUCAGCGUGGCCAUCCGCGAGGGCCAAGGCGCUUUCCAUCUUUCUUAG